AUGGCUUCUUCUCUUCUUUCUCUGCUAGCUCUUACUCUGCUUCUCCAUAGCUCUCGUGCUCAACGACAGGGAACUAUCGGCCCUGUGGGUGACCUCGUCGUCUCCAACGGGAACGUCAACCCCGAUGGAUUUGAACGCCUCGCUGCAUUGGCCAACUCCCAGAUAGACGGCGCCCUCAUUAAAGGAAACAAGGGAGACGUAUUCCAGAUCAAUGUUGUCAACCAGCUCGACAACAAUACCAUUCUACAGAGCACGUCUAUCCACUGGCACGGACUCUUCCAGAAGGGAACUGGCUGGGCUGACGGGCCCGCUUUUGUGAACCAGUGCCCUAUCACGAAAGGCGACUCGUUUCUUUAUACAUUUGAUUCCGCCGACCAAGCUGGAACGUUCUGGUACCACUCUCAUCUGGCGACUCAAUACUGUGACGGGCUUCGUGGGCCUUUCAUCAUUUACGACCCUAACGAUCCACAUGCCGACCUGUAUGACGUCGAUGAUGACACUACCAGCAUAUUGACGUUGUCGGACUGGUACCAUACACCUGCGAAACAAUUAGGUUUCCCUACUCCGGAUGCUAUACUUUUCAAUGGCUUGGGAAGAUGGAGCGGAAACCCUACAAGUGAUUUAGCCGUCGUGAAUGUCACAAAGGGAACAAGGUAUCGUAUCCGGAUGAUCAACGUCGGGUGCGACGCGGCGCUCACCGUCUCUAUCGAUAACCACACGAUGACAAUUAUCGAAGUCGAUGGUAUAAACCACGUCCCGUACACAGUAGACGAAAUUCAGAUUUUUGCUGCACAACGAUACUCAUUUGUCCUGAACGCGGACCAGGACAUUGGUAACUACUGGAUUCAUGCCACUCCUAGUGUUGGUACGCAGGGUUUCGACGGGGGUAUCAACUCUGCGAUCCUCCGAUACAACGGCGCCGAUAACGUGGAGCCCAACACUGUGGCUUUCACCAGUGUACUGAAAAUGAAUGAGACCCAGCUGGUACCCCUCGAGAAUCCAGGAGCCCCCGGAUCCCCCGAAAGUGGAGGUGUCGACGUUGCGCUUAACCUAGCCCUCGCUUUUACAAGCGCCGGAACGUUCACGAUCGAUGGCGUCUCAUUUGUUCCCCCGACAACUCCAGUUCUUUUGCAGAUUUUGAGUGGUGCACAGAACGCCAAUGACCUCCUCCCUGCGGGCUCCGUUUUCACUCUUCCGUUGAAUGCUACAAUCGAAAUUUCUAUGCCAGGCGGUGUCGUUGGUGGAGGGGCGAGUCUUUUCAACUUCAUGCGUUGCCAUCCGUUCCAUUUGCACGGCCACGCUUUCGAUGUUGUCCGAAGUGCUGGUAGUACUGUGUACAACUACGCGAACCCUGUACGCCGGGACGUUGUCAACAUCGGUACCACGGGCGACAACGUUACGAUCCGGUUCACCACCGACAACCCUGGACCAUGGUUCCUUCACUGUCACAUUGACUGGCACUUGGAGGCUGGAUUCGCAAUUGUUUUUGCUGAGGCUGCUGGAAACUGGAACUCCACCAUUAACCCUCCCGAUCAAUGGGAUCAACUCUGUCCCAUAUACAACGCCACACCUCAGGAAGAUCUUUAA